AUGCUGAAUUUUAGCUCUGUGACAAUAUCUCUUGCUAUGACUUUCAGGUUUGGUGGAAUAGUUAAAGCUUCGAAACUCAGAGAUAAAUUUGUGGUGACUAUGGGUGUCUCAGGGAAGUGGAUUAAAGCACUGAUUGGUUUAAAGAAAUCAGAAAAGCCAGAGUCUUCUGAGAAGGACGGAAAUAAGGUUGGCAAGUUUCAUCAUCAAAGAAGGCAUGCUGUUGAAUUUGAUAAUGGUAAACUUCCAAACGAAUUGGAUAGUGAAGUUAUUCCACCUGUUGGUGAUGAUAAUGGCCAUGCAAACCUUGAUGCCCAUUAUUCAUCUUCUUCUUCACAACAAGCACUUGAUGCUGCACAUGAUCAACAGAUGAGGGAGGAAAGAGCUGCAAUACACAUUCAAACAGCAUUUCGAGGAUUUCUGGCUAGAAGAGCAUUACGGGCUUUGAAAGGUGUGGUAAGGCUCCAGGCCCUUGUAAGAGGCCAUGCAGUGAGAAAACAAGCAGCAAUAACACUCCGUUGUAUGCAAGCUUUGGUGAGGGUUCAAGCUCGUGUUCGGGCAAGGCGUGUUUGCAUGGCAUUGGAAACUCAAGCAACACAACAGAAACUUCAGCAAAACCUUGCAACUGAUGCUCGAGUACGAGAAAUAGAAGAAGGAUGGUGUGAUAGUGUAGGAUCUGUUGAAGAUAUUCAGGCUAAGAUAUUGAAGAGACAGGAGGCAGCAGCAAAACGUGAGAGAGCCAUGGCAUAUGCUCUAUCUCAUCAGUGGCAGGCAGGAUCAAGACAGCAGCCAGUUUCCUCUGGAUUUGAACCAGAUAAAAGUAGCUGGGGUUGGAAUUGGUUGGAAAGAUGGAUGGCCGUUCGUCCUUGGGAGAACCGCUUUGUUGACAUUAAUGUGAAGGAUGGGGUAAUGGUGCAUGAAAAUGAAGCAAAGGAUGGUAAAAGUGGAACUACGCAUCAGUUGAGCUCUGCUAACAAGAAACCAUGCUCAUCAAACGCUCAUCCAAACCCGGAAAAUCAUGGAACUGGUCCCACUAUUUCUGAUGAGUGUGAUUCUUCACCUAGUAAGUCUGCUGGUUUGCUAGAAUCAUCAAAAACACAGCCUGUUAAGCCAAUUUCAAAGGCAAAUGUUGAAAAUACUGCUGAAGAAGUUAACUCAAAACCUAGAAUUGGGUCAAGAUCUCACAGUAAUCCAAAGGAGAGAACAUCACAGGCAGAUAAGCAGGCAAAAAAGCGAUUAUCUCUGCCUAACAAUGGGGGUGGUGCAGGAUCUCAAAUAGUCAAACACCCUAUUAGCACAACUAACGUCAAAGGGACGCUAAGCACACAAAAGUCUGGUAGGGAUAAGCCUAAGCUAAAUGGAAAAAGGGAUGUGAAUACAAAAUCAGAUUCAUAG